CAUUCUUUGAUGUAACUCAUUCGCGGCAGGACGACGUCAUUGUUCAGUUACUGAGUACUUUAUUUAUCUUUGCUAAAUGAUGUCUAGUUCGAUUUCUCGGUCUACGUCAGUGAAUGUAUCGACGACGUCGUCGACAGUCGGCAUCGCGACGCCUUCGCUAGUUACGACGGUUGCGCCGCACAAUUUGCUAAGUGUCGCUUCGGGGACAAAUGGCAAAGAAUUGGACAAAAGUGGGAUUAACGAUGCCGUUACCAAAGUGCUGCAGGGGUACGAUUGGACCCUGGUGCCUAUUGCCUCCAAAGCCGCAUCUGAUAAAAGAAAACUCCACGUCAAGAGACCCAUGAAUGCUUUUAUGGUAUGGGCUCAAGCGGCCAGACGAAAACUUGCAGAUCAGUAUCCACAACUUCACAAUGCUGAAUUAUCGAAAACUUUGGGCAGACUUUGGAAAUUACUUAGUGAAAACGAUCAGAAACCGUUCAAAGAAGAAGCAGACCGACUCCGAGUAAUCCACAAACGCGAACACCCCGACUACAAAUACCAACCACGCAGACGAAAACAGAACAAAACAUCCCCAGAAUCGAUUCAUCUAACCCACCAAAAAACCAUUUCCUACCAUCGCCCGAUGAAACAAGAAGACUCGCCUUGUAGUCCAAUGAGUCACACCUCCACGUCUCCGUCUACUUGUUCGUCUCAGCCCAACAGUCCACUAAUAUCUUCCCAGUUACUCAAGUCAUGUGAACCACACAGCUUUGAGCUGGAUAGCUACCCGAGAAUUCCAGAAAUAGACAACAGUUACAUGCCCGAUGAAGGCGUGGAUUGUAGCGACUUUGACCAGUAUCUUCCCAGCGAGACCUACCAGCAAUUUCACAAAGAUGACUCUAAUAACAAUUACAAAAACAAGAGAUCGUGCACAGAGGGCUUAAAUAAUCCAAAUGACGCCUUCAACAGAUACCACGAGUUGCAGCCGACCACAGUAGUGAAAACAGAAAAAUACGUGGUAGAGUCAAGUACCUCCACGAUGUACCCGUAUCCGUCACCCUCUGCUGGUUACUAUACAAACAACGCUCAGUAUUUACCUUCUUAUCAAUAUUUGCCACAAAGGCCUAUGUUUGGCGGCUCGUCUACGGUCGCAGGCUUUUCCAACGAGGGGGCCAACGAGGCUUGGGGGCCCUAUAGUGUGUGACGCGUUUGUGUAUAUAAAGUGAUACCUAGAUUUAUAAACACAGAAUCUCUUUUUGUAAAUCUCUCUUUUCAACAUUUUCCCACAGAGCGAUGUAUGUAGUAUAAGUACACAGUGUGGAUCAAAAUACGAGGGCCAAAUGAAAAAUUCUCGGCUACAUAAAAAACGUUUUAUUUAAAAAAUGCAUUUAUUUCUAAUUGAGUUUCUACAAUAACUGGACUCCGUUUUUAAAAUAAGUCUCCAAAUAUACAUUUGCCACUGUUUUCUAUCAUAUUUGCAUUUGAUCCGAGGCAGAUUCAAAUUCAUUGAUUAUUAUCUAUGUAAUAUUGAAAAAAUAUAAAUUUGACAAAUGGGGAGAAGUUUCUGAUACCUACAAACUUUGCAAGUUUUACAUCACAAAAACCGUUUGUGAGCUGGUGCUGUAUCUCGAUGAUAGAGAUAGUGGAAUUUUUAAAUUGCAAACCUAGACAUUUUCUUUAUUUUUUUCUAUACUUUACUUUAUCGUGCCGGACAGUUAUUCAUACAAUUUCGUCCCAGUAUCGAAAUAUGUCGGUUCCAUCUUAGUUGCGAUCCACUACACAGCGUGGAUCUGUGGGUACACCGAUGAAGACAGUUUCUGCAUGUAAGAGGAUAUUCCGUAUUUUGUGUUUCUCCACAGCUACAGUUUAUAUCAUCUUGGUUUAUUUUCCCUCGUUUUGUCAUGUUUGAGUGUUGGACCGACCCCGUUCUAUCAUAUUAAUAGUUUUCUUAUAGUCUUUAAGAGAUUGGCCAAUCGUGUGGCCGAAAAAGUUAAAUGACGAUGUGGUUUUUGUAACCUUGCAAGGUGGUCUAUAGUCCUUAGGAUCACUGCUAAGUUUUUUAACAAGGCUGCAUGCUAUUUUGCUACUAUGUGACAUGUUCAUUUUUUCUACAAUUUCGAUUCAAUUUUCCUUUUUAACUUUCUUGGCUAAAAGGGUCAGCUGCAUAGAGGAUUUCGUAUAUUCUCAAUAGUUCUGAGGACUUGCUGGACAUCCUGGGAACAUAUUGUUGUAUAAAUACCCUAGAAUUAACUUUCCUAGUCACAUUUUUUAUUAAUUCUACAAAUUUCUCGUAGUUUUCUGGUUAUAGUUCAAGACGUAGCAGCUAAAAAUGUAGCAUGUCUGCAUACUUUUCCUAGUUUGUCAAAUCCAUUUUCAAGACUAUACAUGUAAAAAUGAUUCGUAUCACAAUCUGAAAUAGAAAGUAAUUCUCCUUUAUUUAUGACAUUGUUUCUAUGGUUUCAAAGCUCUGCAACAUGCUGGAAUUCUUUAGAGCUAUAGGUACCUGCUUUACUUCAUAUACUCCUAUUAUACCCUUUUUUUGGUAUUUUAAACAAUUUUUGGUCAUUUUUAGAUAGUCUUAUGUGGGGGUCCGGACAAAUAAUCCCCGGACAAAUAAUCCCAGACAAAAAAUCCCCACAAAUUAUCCAUGGACAAAAUAUCCUCGGACAAAAAAUCCCCACAUAAAAUCCCGGACAAAAAAUCCCCAAGAAAUAUUUGCUGCCGAAUAGUUAUCUAAAAGACGAAGCAAGUUUUCAAUCCUAAUAGUAAAUUAAUAAUAUUGAAAAAUAUUAAAAAUCACUAAAAGAUUUUUAAAUUGAAAACUUAUUGGUACAUUUUCAUGGUAACACCUCCAAGACUUCUAUAAUUUGCAAGUCAUAUGGAUGCUGCAGUGAAGACGAAAGGGAAGGAAUUCUACACCUUGCAAUUCACAUCCCCCGUCUGCAGCCGGCAAAGUUCCAACUGAAAAAUGCACCUGGUUACUCUACGGAGUAAUACGAAAAAUAAAAUAAAAAUGUGUACCAUUUUUAUUCGGUUGCAAUGCGAAGGCAGACCAAUCUUACUUUUUAAUUAGAAUACGGAGUGCAGUCCAGUUCCUUUAACCGCGAUUUUCUGCUCUUAUUGGAGCUUCAUCAGAAGGAACGUAGGCACUGUUCUCCAUACUCCAACUAAAUUGCAUCGAGAGGUUUUCCCACACAUCGCAACCAAAGUGAUGAUAAUAGGUGGCAAGCGCCAUCUGGCAAUUGAAAGACGAAGCAAGUUUUCAAUCCUAAUAGUGAAUUAAUAAUAUUGAAAAAUAUUAAAAAUCACUAAAAGAUUUUUAAAUUGAAAACUUAUUGGUACAUUUUCAUGGUAACACCUCCAAGACUUCUAUAAUUUGCAAGUCAUAUGGAUGCUGCAGUGAAGACGAAAGGGAAGGAAUUCUACACCUUGCAAUUCACAUCCCCCGUCUGCAGCCGGCAAAGUUCCAACUGAAAAAUGCACCUGGUUACUCUACGGAGUAAUACGAAAAAUAAAAUAAAAAUGUGUACCAUUUUUAUUCGGUUGCAAUGCGAAGGCAGACCAAUCUUACUUUUUAAUUAGAAUACGGAGUGCAGUCCAGUUCCUUUAACCGCGAUUUUCUGCUCUUAUUGGAGCUUCAUCAGAAGGAACGUAGGCACUGUUCUCCAUACUCCAACUAAAUUGCAUCGAGAGGUUUUCCCACACAUCGCAACCAAAGUGAUGAUAAUAGGUGGCAAUUGAAAGACGAAGCAAGUUUUCAAUCCUAAUAGUGAAUUAAUAAUAUUGAAAAAUAUUAAAAAUCACUAAAAGAUUUUUAAAUUGAAAACUUAUUGGUACAUUUUCAUGGUAACACCUCCAAGACUUCUAUAAUUUGCAAGUCAUAUGGAUGCUGCAGUGAAGACGAAAGGGAAGGAAUUCUACACCUUGCAAUUCACAUCCCCCGUCUGCAGCCCCAUUCUAAUUAAAAAGUACGAUUGGUCUGCCUUCGCAUUGCAACCGAAUAAAAAUGGUACACAUUUUUAAUUUAUUUUUCGUAUUACUCCGUAGAGUAACCAGGUGCAUUUUUCAGUUGGAACUUUGCCGGCUGCAGACGUGGGAUGUGAAUUGCAAGGUGUAGAAUUCCUUCCCUUUCGUCUUCACUGCAGCAUCCAUAUGACUUGCAAAUUAUAGAAGUCUUGGAGGUGUUACCAUGAAAAUGUACCAAUAAGUUUUCAAUUUAAAAAUCUUUUAGUGAUUUUUAAUAUUUUUCAAUAUUAUUAAUUUACUAUUAGGAUUGAAAACUUGCUUCGUCUUUCAAUUGCCAGAUGGCGCUUGCCACCUAUUAUCAUCACUUUGGUUGCGAUGUGUGGGAAAACCUCUCGAUGCAAUUUAGUUGGAGUAUGGAGAACAGUGCCUACGUUCCUUCUGAUGAAGCUCCAAUAAGAGCAGAAAAUCGCGGUUAAAGGAACUGGACUGCACUCCGUAUUCUAAUUAAAAAGUAAGAUUGGUCUGCCUUCGCAUUGCAACCGAAUAAAAAUGGUACACAUUUUUAUUUUAGUUAUCUAAAAGUUUUCCCGAAAUUUUGACAAAUUUCGAAUUCCAAUUCCAUGCUGAAAUCUUCAAAUUUUACAUGCCAAAAGAGUGUGAGUUUUUUCAAAAAUCUUGGAAGAUAUGGGGAAUGAGCUAAGGCCCCGUUUUCAUGUCAGGCGCUUAACGCGCGUUUUUAUAACGCGCGAUUACAACUACAUACAUUUUACGGAAGACGGUUGACAUGCUAACGCGCGUUUUAAUGACUUAAAACGCGCGUUAGCAAUGUGAACGGUCUCAAGUAAAAUGUAUGUAGUUGUAAUCGCGCGUUAUCAAAAUGCGCGUUAAGCGCUUGUCAUGAAAACGUGGCCCUAGCUCAUUCCCAAUAUUUUCCACGAUUUUUGAAAAAACUCACACUUUUUUGUCAUGUAUAAACAAAUAAAGUUAACAAAAAUAUAACACAAAUAAAGUUUUCCGCAUGCAAUUGGAAUUCGAAAUUUGUUAAAAUUUCGGGAAAACUUUUAGAUAACUAUUCGGCAGCAAAUAUUUCUUGGGGAUUUUUUGUCCGGGGAUUUUUUGUCCAGGGAUAAUUUGUGGGGAUUUUUUGUCCGGGAUUAUUUGUCCGGGGAUUAUUUGUCCUAGCUUCCUUAUAUGUAUAUGACAUCCUAAAGACAGCGACGUAGUUUUCGACUUUUCGACGCAAUUCUUUCGUUGAGCGCUGUUAAUUUUGAUUUGUGUUAAAAUAGUUUCUACUUUUUAGCCAACGCAACAGUUAUCCUCGUGGUUUUCUUCGUUUCAAAAUCUUCAUUUCAUUUGGAGCCAAUAAUUGCUAAAAAUUAGUAAUGAAGUGUUAAAUUGAUUUUUAUCUAUAAUUCAAAAUCCACAUUAAAGUGUACAUACGUGGGAAACUGACAUAUUUUAAGUCUUCGUACUCAUGGUGUAACAAGGUGUAUCAAAUAGAAUGAAGCCUUUGGAAAAACCGAUGUGAAAAUAUUUUAAUCUUAAAACCAAAAAAGUUGGAGGCACAUCAGAUCUCAAACCGCUACCGUCAUCAUUUAUUUUGAAUUUCUGUCAAGCAAUGACUGCCUUGUUAGGCCCAACUGUAUGGUAAUAAGUCUGUGCUAUAGGCUGACCUAUUUAUGAAAUCAAAGUAAAAAAAUCAAAGUUUUUUUGACACAGUGUCUCUUUCCGAUAAAUUUCAGUAUUUCCCAUUGUGUUAUGAGCUGAGGCAUUUUAAAGGUAUAAAGGUGUUUUUCCCCAACUAUUUGUUUUUACAUAUCUGUCCACCAUUUGUUUUUGUUUUUCUUCAUUGAAAACUUCUUCAGUUUCCUCAUUGAUAAUUUUGACUAGAUUAUUAUACAUUUCCUGAAAUUGUUGAUAUCGAGUUUUUCGCCUAUACUUCUCUGUUGAAGGAAUCUCUCUGUCUUACAUGCGAAACUAAAAUACGAGUGGCACUGAAACAGAUAAAAGUCUUUUAAUAAUUUCUAAACCAGUUUCAACGGGCAGAAUCAGCAUCAUCAUCCAGCCUCAAAAGUCCACCGCUGAGCAUUCAUAAGCAUCUUCCUCCUGUUUCCAAUCUUGCGCCGCUCGCAUUCAGUUUUUUUAGCCUGCUUAAAUAGUCGGUCCAUCUUGUAGGUGGUCGACCAACUCUUCUCUUGUCUUCCUUAGCUUCCAUUCCUAUAACCUUUUUGUCCAUUGCCCAUCUGUCAUUCUGGCUAUGUGUCCUGACCAUGUCCAUUUUAUCUGGCUAUCCUUUCAAUGGCGUCAGUUACCUUGGUUGUUCUCCGUUCUCCUGAUCUGAAGAACGGGCAGAAUAAUUUCUACAGAUCUCUAAAACAUUCAUCCUUAUUCCUAUAGGCAUUUAUACAUACUAUUAUAUUAUAUAUUGCUUAAAAUCACAGGCUUAGUAAUCGCAAGAAAGUAGGAGAAAACAAUCACGCACCUCUAGUAUUUUUAGUAAUUCGGGACAUUCAAUGUAUAAAGGCUUCUUUCUAUUUGAUCCACUCUGAUAUAGUACAGAGGUAUUCAUUAAAAAGAUUUUGUAUGUAUUUAAAAUAUUUUUUCGUUCGAAAAACUGUUAAUAUUAUUAAUUAGUGUUUAAGAUUAGAUUUUAGCAGUUCGUUAGGCAUUGUUUAGAUGUAUUUUUACGACAUUUAAAUGCCAACUCUGCUUUAUAUUCAAUAAACGUUAUAUUUUUAGAAAGUAUUUUUAUAAAAUGAUUUAAAUAAACACUAUUUAAGCUAA